GCUUAGCUAGCUUAUUGGAGGUGUGGCUCACUUGCAUAGAAAAUGGCUACAUCAUCAGAAUCAUCAAAGAAAGAAGAGACUGUUGGUUUAUUAUUCGACCUAGCCACCAAACAGAGAGAGCAUUGUCAGCUUCUACUCAAUGGAGAAGCUAAAAGUUCUCCUCAUAAAGAGUGUCUUCAGAAAGCAGUAAUGUCUAUUGAUAUAUGCACUGGACUCUUAGAAAUGAAAGAAUCAGUUAACAAGGCCAAAGCUUAUCAACAAGCUCUCCAAAAGUAUGUGCAGUCAAUACUUGAUUCAACUUAUUAUCAAGAGUGUGUUCUGGUUGAUUAUGAUUUCCCUCAAGUAACUGUCAAGGAAGAUAUCAAUGCUUUAUUAAAUCAAUUUGCAACUUUUAUGAAGUUAUGUGGGAGUACUCAGUCACAGUUAAUAAGUAUUCUUGGUGAGGAUAUAAUGGAGUGUAUCCAUUGGAGGGUUGGUGCCUUGAUGUACAUGUUAGCAAACACUAUUAUGAAUAUGGAGACUAGGAGAGAAACUGUUGAUAAGAAUUGGCUCAGAGAAUGCUGUUAUGUUGGUGUGCUUCACUUGAUGAUGGUAUUUGAGGUUAGGACUCCUCUCACUGCAUCAACUGAUGAAUACACUACUAAUGAUCAGAGAAUAGUGGAGCUAUUAAGUCAAGGAAUAAGGAGUGACACUCACAUGCUAGCACUAGCUUAUGGCGGUGAACUAUCAUACUGGUGCAUCACUAACAAUGGAAGCAAUGAGACACCUCAAUAUCCUCAACUAUACAAAGUACUUGAUACAGUGACUCAAGGAGCUGAUAGACCUAGUAUCCAGUCAGUGGGUAGUAUUGGCAUGAAGUUCUUAUCAAGAUACAUAGAACUGGCUAAAGGAUCAUUGAGCAUGCAGUCAUGGCAGUGUGAGAGACCAGAGGAACUAUUAGCAGAACUAAGGAAACAAUAAUGGCAAUUUAUGCUUAUGGUAAUUAAUGUAAUUCUUGGUUUUUUAUUAUUAAUUAUUGUGUAUUAGAAUGGUCAAUUUAUAACUUGUGAAGUGUCAUCACUAAAAUUGUAUUUUAAAGUAGAAGCUAUUGUUUUUCAUGAAUCU